AGGCAUUAGUGGCUUAGUGCAUUACUCUUACACCAAUUUGUCCAGAUUAAUUUUUUGGUUAGCAAUGAGGCUUCAAUGGCGGCUCCUCCUCCGCCAUUACCGUCACAAAAUCUUCCCCCCACCACCAUCCACUUCUCCCUCACUUUCUCUCUUCUCCCCGUCUAAUUCCACCCCAUCAAUUUACCAUUCUUAUUCCUCUUCAUCUUCGUCUUCGUCUUCGUCUUCGUCUUCGACGCCAUCUGCAUCAACCGGAACCGGCGGCGUGCUUCAAUCCUGGUUAUUCACUUCAUCCGAUCGCCAUAUCUCGACUGCCAAAGUUAUAUUAGCCCACAAAGUUUCAAGCUUAAGAGAUGAGUUGGUUAAGGCUAAGGAUGAUUCUGGAACUACUAAUGAAUUGCUGGAACAAAUGGGUCUUCCUUUGUUUUCUUCUUACUAUGAUGGCUCUGCUUUGGUUGAGCUUUUGGGUCAACUUCGUGAUUUUCCCUAUUUAGCUCUUCAGGUUUUUAAUUGGAGGAGAAAACAUGCUGGCUUAAGCUUUCCAAUUACUAGUGAAGAGUAUGCUAAGGGUAUUAUGGUUGCUGGUAGAGCUAGGAAUGUCGAACUUGCUGUGGAGCUAUACAACGAAGCUACAAACAACGGUGUUAAGACAUCUACUAUUUAUAACGCAUUGAUGAGUGUUUAUAUGACUAAUGGUUUGCCAGAUAAAUGUCAUUCACUUUUUCGGGAGUUCAAGAUGGAAGAAUUUUGUAGUCCUACAAUUGUUACAUACAACAUUCUUAUUUCUGUUUUUGGUCGCUUGAUGUUGAUAGAUCAUAUGGAAGCUACACUUCAAGAAAUAUAUGACUCAGGCCUCUCCCCUAAUGUGGGUACAUAUAAUAAUCUGAUUGCUGGAUACGUAACAGCUUGGAUGUGGGAUCAGAUGGAGACCUCCUAUAGUAUGAUGAAAACUAGGAACAUUAAUCCAGAUAAUAACACGUACAUGUUAAUGCUAAGAGGGUAUGCACAUUCUGGCAAUUUAGAGAAAAUGGAAGAGAUGUAUGAACUGGGGGAACAACAUUUGGUUAAGGAUGAUCUGUCUGUAAUAAGAACCAUGAUAUGCGCAUAUUGUAAAUGUCCUUCUGCAAAUCGAGUUAGAAGAAUUGAUGAAUUGAUCAGGCUGAUUCCCAAGGAUGAAUACAGAGCAUGGCUGAAUGUUUUGCUUAUAAAUGUUUAUGCUGAAGAAAGGCUGGUUGAGAAGAUGGAGAAUUUUAUCAAUAUUGCUUUUGAUCAACACACUGUAGUCAAUACCGUGCGUGUGAUGCGUGCAAUUAUCACAGCUUAUUAUCAUUCUAACGCUGUUGACAAGCUUACUAACUUUGUCAAGCGUUCAGAGUCUGCAGGAUGGAGAAUUUGUAGGUCCCUCUAUCACUGCAAAAUGGUAAUGUUCGGAUCACAAAACCGCCUGGAGGAAAUGGAAAAUGUACUCACUGAAAUGGAGAAGAUCAACAUAGACCCGAGUAAGAAAACAUGGGUUAUUAUGAUCAAAGCUUACUCAACAUGGGAUUCUAGAUAUAAGCUUGAUCAAGUAAAAGGAUUGAUGUGCAAGUGUGGAUAUAGUAUUGCUUAAAAUGACUGGUCUUCAUGAGUGGCUAUCAUGUACCUUGCUUACUUGAAGAGGGGUCUAAGUUGCAAACUUAAAUUGGGAUUAACAUGGCAUUUUGAAACUUGAGCAUUACCUUGCCAUUGUAUGUAACAAGCCAACACUUCUCCAAAUGUACAACUUGAAGCUAGAUUUUUAUUUUUGACAGCGUAAUAUACUGUCACAUAUGCGCUGUUACUUCGGUUUGUAUGGGUUUUUUUUAAGUUUGCUUGCAUCCACUAAUCAGACAUUAAAAUUCUUUAAAA